AUGUUUUAUUUCAAUAACAUGACAGAGAGUCAAAAGGCAAAUAUGGGUAAAUAUGAAAUAAGAUUGAUGAGAAUGUUAUCUGUCAAUGACGGUCUUUCGGGAAUUGAUUUUGAUUUUCGUACAAUGAUAUCCAAAUUGCCCAGGAUUUUUGAACUCACUACAGGAAUUGAGAUACCUCCAGAAGUUAAGCAAGUUACACAACAAGAUGUGUCACUUGCGAAUAUUGGAGAUUAUUUGAAAAUUGUAGAUAUUAUGGUAUUUAAAUUGUCAGAGCACUAUCAAGCAGAAACCAACAAUGUACAUACUCAACUGAUUGAAACAAGUGCCAAAUUAAUUUUAAAUGGUCUCAGACUUGCUGUUCUACUCAAGUCUGGAUACGAUAGAAGUGUAAUUGAAGAAGGAGCACUAAGAAUUACAUAUAAUGGAGAGAGUAAUUUUGGUCUACCAAUUCACACCUUGCCCUACAUGGCAUUGGCUUCUAAAUUUCACUUGCAGAUUGUAAAGAAUAUUGAACAAAGCCUCAUUAAGAAUAAUCGAGAUAAUAUUCUCCCUGAUGGUCAAACUGGACCUGUUGACUAUUACGUAAUAUUGGAAAAGGAUUUAAACCUUCUCAGGGAAAUGGGAUUGAAAUAUAAACGAGUGCAGGUUUAUUAUGGACAUUUAAUAGAAGAAAUGGAAAUGAUUUUAAGAGUGAAACGAUCACGAACUGAGGUUACCAUACCACUAGAAGAGAAUUUAGGAAUUUCAAGUGAUGAAUCAUUUUUAAACAUAUUCAAGGACGUUUUUGGUUUUAAUUUUGAUGGAUUUUACUAAAUACUAGUAACUUUAUAUC